AUUGGCACAACUGCAGCGCUAUCGCUUUUAACGUGUGCACUAUGACGAAUAAAGCGAUUCUCUCGCGUCGUUGCUCGAUGUUGAUUAUCGGGGUGUAUUGCAUGGCCGUUGUGGUUUACAUCUCUGUCAUCAUGGAAUUUAAUAGCAUUGUUUCCGACGAGCUCGGAAAAGAAGGGCAGCAGCUCUUUCUUAAGAUGAAGUUCCCCUUCGUUUACGAAUUCUCUCCUGUUUACGAAAUCGUUAUGUUCGUUCAGUUUGUUCAACUGUUAGGACACGCCUUGGUGAUUGGGAUGCUAGACGCGCUGAUCGUCACGCUGUCGAUCGAUGGAAAUCAGGGAUUCAUUAUGCUGUUGAAGUCUCUGUUCUUUUACACUGCUAUUACUUUGGAAGCAUUCAUCUUUUGCUUUGCUGGCGAAUAUCUUAGUAAUAAGAGUAAAUCGAUCGCGAAUGCAGCUUACGAGGCUUUUUGGUACAACGCGGAACCCAGCAAAAGUCGAAAUUUAUUGAUUUUAAUGUUGAGAUCACAGAAACGAUUGACUUUAACAAUCGGUAAAUUUAACGAUCUGUCCUUACAAGUUUUUGCGAGUGUAAGAUAUUAAAUAACUGUAAUUUUUAGAUGUAGAAUAUAUAUUCGUAUCGAUAUAUAACAAUAUUGUGUUUCAGAUUUUAAGAGCUUCGGCAUCUUACGUGUCAGUGCUGCUUGCAAUGUCUUAAUCAGCAAAAAAGAUUGACAGUUGCAAAAUUCGCUUAUUAACAUAUUUUAUACGUAUAAGUCACACAUAUGAAUAUUUUAUUUUCAUUCUAUUUCACACACAUUCCGAUUUUUUUUUCUUUCUUUAUAAAUUUCGAGAA